AAAAUUAUUUCCUGUGAAUUUUAACUAUUUAAUUAAUUUGAUUUAUUUAACCAGGAGAAAACCACAUUGAGACUAAACAUCAGUGAAUAUAAAGUGAACUUUGUGUCAGUGAUCAUCACUUUAAAGACAAACUAACAGUUGGACACAAACAUUUUCUUUACAUGGACCUCCUAUUUUUAAUUUGAGCUAAUCAGACGUACUCAUACUUAUUUUUGUUGAUAUGCUUAAAAAUCAUUUCAUCAUGUUCAUAACGUAGAGUUAAAAUAACGGUUGAACUGUAACUGAGGAAAAACUGGUCUCCAGUCUGGGUUUGAUUCCUCAGAAUGCUGAGUCACUCUGACAGCUUGUUUACAAACAGAUCAGCUGUUAGAGUCCAGUCCUCCUCAGGAACCAACACACUGAAAGGAUGUCUGAACAGGAGUGGACCAGCAUCUUUAGGAGGAAAGCUCUCAGAAGUCUCAGAAGAAGAGACUCUUGGAGUCUGAAGUUUGAUGACAGUCUUGUUCCUAAAAGACCAAAGCGAGGCUGGAGGCAGUACACCAGCAACACAAGCGCCAGUUUCAGGUGCAGCAGGUGUGGAAGAACCUGGCCUUCCAACCAGGUCACAGUGGUCUUUUACAUGCGCCUAUCAUACGGGCGGGGCAAGGUGAAGGUGAGGCGUUUCCAUCAGAACUGCAAGAAGUGCAAUGAAGCCCCAUGGGAGAAGCCGAGUAUCAGCAAUGAGAACAUCCACAUCCUCCUGGAGAACCUGGUGAAGAAGAUAAAGAAAAUUUACUGUGAAAGAAAUCGAGUCACAAUCGACCAAUCGCCCAGAAGGCUGGAGGUCAGAAGUCCCCAUGAGCCGGAUCACUGUGAGGCCUGUUUUCAUCACAUCUGCACACAGGAGACGAGUGUGAAUCCUCAAUUGAACGAAGGUCAAGCAGCUCCUCAAAUAUGAGGCCAACAAAGAAGUGCUGAAACCUGCCUGUCAUGAUUAUUAGGCCUAAAUGAAAUGUCCUCAUCAUGUGUUGAAAUGAACGGCGAGGUUUUGGUGAAAAA